AGGUUCUGUCCUGCUGGGGGAGGGGCAGGCAGAAGCCACAGCAAGGACUGUAUAGGAGAUGGUUCUCGCCAUGCUGGGGGCUCUGUAUCCCAGGGCUGGGCUCAGCCUCUUCCUUUUUUACCUCAUCCUGGCAGGCGCACUCCUUCGACCGCAGCCCCAGAGGUCUCUGCGAUCUGUUCCUGAGGAAUUUUCAGCCCCGCUGGAACUCUCUCAGCCGCUCUCAGGCCUAGUGGAUGACUAUGGGGUCAGACCCAAGCACCCGUGGCCACGAGGGCCCCGACCCCUUCUCUCUCAGGCCCAGCAGCGCAAGCGGGACGGGCCCAACAUGGCUGACUAUUACUACGAUGUGAAUCUGUGAUGGGAACCCCACAUAAAGCUAUUCUGGGCAGCAAA